AUGGCGUUCAAUCAGAAAAAUCCUCCAUGGCAACGGAAUGCUGGACAUCAGAAUAUGACCAACAUGCAGGCCAUCGUUAGCUUUCCCCAAGCGCAGCCUGUGUAUAACAGCAUAGGUAUGCAACAGCAACAACAGCAGCAGCAACAACAACAGCAGCAGCAACAACAACAGCAAAAUAUCUCUAUUUUACCGCAGAUUGGCAUACAACAGUCGGCAAUUUAUUCCCAAACCGUACAAUAUCCGACCUCUCGUCCAAUUAACGCCAUCGGCUUUCAAAAUCAACCACAAUCACAACCAACACAGCAAGCCGCUGUCAACCAAAAUUCGCCGAAAUUUAAUCCGAACAAAUGCGCCUUCAGUGGUACUGGGCUCGUGACGAAGCUUCAGAACGAUUACGGUAUCAUUGACGAUCAAGUGUUUUUUCACACUAGUACUUGCGUGAAAGGCAUUCUGCCGAAAGUUGGAGAUCGUGUCCUUGUUGACGCAGCGUACAACACGAACAUGCCGUUCAAGUGGAACGCAUCUCGUGUUCAGGUUCUGCAGGCUCAAAACAUGAACUCCUCCUCGACAACGCAUUCGAAUUCGUCGUCUACACGGUCGCAUGCUCCAACCUAUGGAAAUUCCGUCUCGCAGAAUGCGUCCGAAUCACGUUCGAACGUACGCAACCGAUAUAGUACUCCGUCACGGAAGUCUCCGGAGCGAAACGUGCAUCGGUCGUCCAACUCGCGCUCGAAAGAUGAUUUUGAUGAUUCUGACCGGAGAAGAAAGCGUGAUGAUCGCGACUCAGACAGAGGUUCAUAUCGCGAAAAGCCACGUGCCCGUUCACCGGAACGUGGUCGCGAAAGGGAACGCAGUCCGGUUAAGAAGCACUCACCCAAACGGGCUCGUCUCUGCUCGGUACCGUCUUACAUGGUACAGGUACCGAAGCAAUUGUUGCCCAUAACAAGUGCCAGCAUCCUUGAGUUGCGCGCGCGUUAUCCCAAGCUCUACAUCCCGUCCGACUUUUUCCUGGCCGAAGUAGGAUGGCCCAAAGCUUUCCCUCCUAACUCGCCAUUGUUGUUACACACGGGUUGCUACUUCCACGUGUUCAACAAAGAAGUCGAGAGGCCGUUACCGCUCGAUCAGGCCAUUAUGGACCCGCCCGAUGCAGAUUAUCUGUACAGCGUUAAGGUGAUGCUUAUGAGCACGCCGGACAUGAUGGAGAUAUAUCGGAACUGCUUUUUUCGAAACGACAAGGAGCGUCGUGAAGAGACGCGCAAUUAUCUUCACCCGACGCGUAUGGUUAACUUCUUGGUUGGCACGCGCGGCAAAAAUGAAUCGAUGGCAAUUGGCGGACCAUGGUCGCCUUCGCUGGACGGUUUGCAUCCGUAUUCCGAUCCUAAGGUGCUAAUGCGAACUGCCAUUCGAACUUGCAAAGCGCUAACUGGGAUUGACUUGUCGGCGUGUUCACUCUGGUACCGUUUCGUGGAUAUCUAUUACCGUCGCACUGAGUCCUACCAUAAGGGUCGUUUGAUUCCGCCACGCGUUGAAACGGUGGUCAUAUUUCUGCCCCGUAUGAGUGCCUGCAUACCGACGGAAAAGCAGUGGGAUAAGAUUCAACAGAGUUACCAACUUCAUUUGGAACGCAUUAUUAAAAGUAGCAACUCUAGCAGCAACAGUAAUAGCGUUGGCGAUGGCGGCGAUGGUGGUGGCACCAGCGGUCAGGAAGUCCCAGCGAUAACCGACUCGCUGGCACAGGUCACACAGAGUUCUAGCAGCACGGAUGAUGCUGCCAAGUCCACGGUGCCCGCCAAUGCGGCGGAGCCGUCGGAAACGGUAGCAGCAGAACAGGAGCAGCAACAGCAGGAACAGCAACAAUCGCAGCCGAACGCGAGCAUGGUAUCUUCGACAGCAGUGAACGUAGCAGAGGCAGAUGCAGAACAGCAAAAAGCGGCAGUCGUCGAUCCAGCAAUCGAGCAGGAGCUAAACGCUCCAGCCACUCGGACAGGCAACAGCAGCACGUCUACAGCAACCUUAAUAAUGGUAACGAAUACCACCACCGAAAGCAGCUCUACACCAGAUUCUGAUACCGACCAUUUGCUGAUGGAAUACAAAAAGAUGAAGGUGGUUGAAUUGAAGGCGGAGCUAACAAAUCGCAAUCUUCCGACAGAUGGAGUGAAAGCAGUUCUGCUAGCUCGCUUGUCCGACGCCAUCUUAGAGGAAAAGCAAACCCAGCAUGCUCCCCGAAUAAAGGAAGAAGAGCCUGAAGUAAAACAACACUUCAACUUGGAGAUAGAUGAGUCAAAACUAACAGAGACCGAACAGACAGAGGCAGAAUCGAACAUUACACAGUCUGAGGAAGACGUCGAAAUGACGGAUGUGUCUGAAAAGCAAAAAGAUCCAGAAGAGAAGCCGGUCACAAAUGUAGCAUCGAAAUCCCAAACCAAUGACGACAGCAGCGAUGCAGCAAAAUCGGACACUAAGCAGCAACCAUCGGUCCCACGCAAAAAAGAGCAUCCCGUGAAGUUGACUGACAAGGACAAACAAAACCUGGAGCGGUGGUACACGACGCCUAAGGAACCGCACGUGGUCGUGCAUCCGUCACGGGCCGCCAAAUCGGGCAAGUUUGACUGCUCUACAAUGUCACUAUCGGUGCUACUAGACUAUCGACCGGAGGAUACGAAGGAACACUCUUUCGAGGUGGCCUUAUUUGCUGAGCUGUUUAACGAUAUGUUGGCGCGCGAUUUCGGAUUCAAGAUCUAUGCAGAGCUGCACAAGCUGGCGCUGGAGAAAGAAGGGUCCAAGAAGGACGGAACCGGCGACGAUUCGAAACCCGGGACGGAGGGAGUCGAUGGAAGCAACGGGGAAGACGGCAAAGUAGCCGCUGAAAAAGCUGACAAUGCGAAGAACAAGAAUAACGCAGAAGAAAAAGAGCAAAACGACCGUAAGCGACGUCGGCGCAGCGGAGAGGAUGAUCUCCGCUCGAAACCGGAAACAGAUCCUGCUCGGUUUUAUACCGUGCAACCGGACUUGCUGCUUGCAUUCAUCUACUUUGACGUGACGCAAUGCGGUUUCAUGUAUGAAAAGGAUAUCGUGGAGCUGAUUUACACGCUAGGGUUGAACCUUUCUCGGUCGCAGAUUCGCAAAACCGUUGGCGAUGCCACCGCAUCUCGCCAUUCGCUGUACUAUCGACAGCUCACUGACAAGGUUGUAGAUGCAGACAAACCAGCUGGUAAGAAAACGAUUGACGACGAAUCGAACAGUACACCUGCAGAAGGUGAAUCGGCAGCUCCUGGUCCGGAAAUCCGGGACAGUCCAUCCGAGCAGCAGGCAUUGGAAGUUGCUCGAGGAAACACAGAUUUCAUAAACCAGUUACAAGCUAGUGUGCUGCAAAUCGUAAACGGGCUUGAGAAGGAACAACAGCGGGCAUUAAAAAAAGAGCAGAGCGAUCCAGAUGAACUUCCAUCGACAUCAGACGGAUUGGUGGAGUAUAAUGGAUCCAUCGUCGAUGUUGGGAAGUGCCUAGAGCAGGCAAGGCUCACCGAACAAGCUCGAGAGCAGGCAGAGAAAUCAUUGGAAAUGAUAAAAAAUCUGAAUGAAGAGUUAACUACCAGCAACACACGCUCUACUCAGCACAUCAGUGAGUUGCAAGCCGAUUUGAAAAAUGCAAAGAAGAAAUUGGGCGACAAUGACCAAACCAUUCGCGAUUUAACGCGCAAGAACGCGGAAUAUCAUUUGAUCAUCAGCAACGUCUAUGACCGCGUACGCCCGGUUGUUCAUCAACCGGAUCGGAAAAGAUCUACUUCAACAGUUUCAACAUCCAAACGAGGAAACUCAAAAGAAAAGUCUUCGGCAGCGAGCAAAGAUAAUGUCCAAGACGCCAAAAAGGUCGCGGUCGCAGAGGUAGAAAAGGAGAAGAAUAGUAAAAGUGCAGCGCAAGUCGAGCAGAAUGCAGAAGUUCAACAGGACGUUGCAUCGAGCGUCGUAGGCAACACAAACGAAGCGGAAUCCGUGGAUAAUGCGGAUGCGGCGAAGGGCGAUCAGGAAUCUAUCAAACGACAGGCAAGCAAAACCGACCACCCAAAGAUGGUCCUGAGCCAAUGCAUUCGACGACCGCACGUCAACGUGUGUAUGCUGCUACUUGGAGCAACUGUGAUAUGUCCUGCGUACGGAAUAAUCGAUCGAUUGGUGGUGCAAACCAGCAGCGGCCCUAUACGAGGACGUUCAACUAUGGUACAAGGGCGUGAGGUACACGUCUUCAACGGUGUUCCGUUUGCGAAGCCCCCGGUGGAUAGUUUACGGUUCAAGAAGCCCGUUCCAGCCGAACCAUGGCACGGAGUGCUUGAUGCAACCAGAUUACCUCCAUCAUGCAUACAGGAAAGAUACGAAUAUUUCCCUGGCUUCGCUGGCGAAGAAAUGUGGAAUCCCAACACGAAUGUUUCGGAAGAUUGUUUGUAUCUUAACAUUUGGGUGCCAACCAAGACACGUCUUCGACAUGGAAGGGGUCUGAAUUUCGGAAGCAACGACUACUUCCAGGACGAUGAUGACUUUCAACGCCAGCACCAGUCUAAGGGAGGUCUGGCCAUGCUUGUUUGGAUCUACGGUGGCGGGUUCAUGAGCGGCACUUCUACCUUGGAUAUUUACAACGCCGAGAUACUUGCAGCUGUCGGGAAUGUCAUCGUAGCCUCGAUGCAGUACCGUGUGGGUGCUUUCGGGUUUUUAUAUCUCGCUCCGUACAUCAACGGGUAUGAGGAGGAUGCCCCAGGUAACAUGGGUAUGUGGGACCAAGCUAUGGCUAUACGAUGGCUGAAGGAGAACGCGAAGGCUUUUGGUGGCGAUCCGGAUCUGAUCACGCUGUUUGGGGAAUCCGCCGGUGGCAGCUCCGUGAGCCUUCAUCUGUUAUCUCCUGUUACACGUGGUUUGUCGAAGCGUGGUAUUUUACAGUCAGGUACGCUGAACGCUCCCUGGAGUCAUAUGACUGCUGAGAAGGCUUUGCAGAUUGCGGAAGGUCUCAUCGACGACUGUAACUGCAAUCUCACAAUGCUGAAGGAAUCGCCAAGCACUGUUAUGCAAUGUAUGAGAAAUGUCGAUGCAAAGACCAUCUCGGUUCAGCAGUGGAACUCGUACUCCGGGAUUCUAGGAUUUCCAUCAGCUCCUACCAUCGAUGGAGUAUUUAUGACCGCCGAUCCCAUGACCAUGUUGCGCGAGGCGAAUUUAGAAGGAAUUGAUAUUUUAGUCGGCAGCAACCGUGACGAGGGAACCUACUUCUUGUUGUACGAUUUUAUUGAUUACUUUGAAAAAGAUGCGGCCACGUCGUUACCACGUGAUAAGUUUUUGGAAAUUAUGAACACGAUUUUCAACAAAGCUUCGGAGCCGGAGCGUGAGGCCAUUAUUUUCCAGUACACGGGUUGGGAAAGCGGCAACGAUGGCUACCAAAAUCAGCAUCAAGUUGGCCGAGCAGUUGGUGACCAUUUUUUCAUUUGUCCUACCAACGAGUUUGCCCUCGGCCUUACGGAACGUGGUUCGUCGGUGCAUUAUUACUAUUUUACUCACCGUACUAGCACUUCUCUGUGGGGCGAAUGGAUGGGUGUGUUGCAUGGUGACGAGGUGGAGUACAUUUUUGGCCAGCCGAUGAAUGCAUCACUUCAGUAUCGACAGCGAGAAAGAGAUUUAAGUAGGCGAAUGGUUCUGUCAGUGAGCGAAUUCGCUCGAACAGGAAACCCAGCCCUGGAAGGUGAACAUUGGCCGCUCUACACGAGAGAAAAUCCAAUCUACUUCAUCUUCAACGCUGAGGGUGAGGAUGAUUUACGAGGCGAAAAGUACGGUCGUGGGCCGAUGGCGACUUCUUGCGCGUUUUGGAACGAUUUUUUACCCCGAUUGCGGGCUUGGUCAGUGCCAUCGAAGAGUCCAUGCAAUUUGCUUGAGCAAACGUCGAUGGCAGCCAGCACGGCUAAAACGAUGCCUCUAGCUGUGAUGUUGCUGAUUUUGAUCCUGUCGACAUGGUUGGCGACUAACUAA